AUGCAAACACAAUCUGCAAGUGGGUCAGAGACCUUAGUAGAGGGAGAAUGGAGAGAGAAGUCUGCCCCCGAAAACGACUACAAUUACAUUGUCAAUAACGGUCAGGAUCGUUACCAGUACAUGGAAAAGUUCAUGGAAGGCCAAGUAGUCGAAACUUUGAAAAAGACAGCCAAAUCAUACAACAAAAAGAGAAAGCUGAGAAGCCCCAAGAAAAUUGCCAAGCGCGCAGCCCAAAGAAUGGUGCACGGAGACGAAGACCCAUGGAGAAAGAAGUGCGAGUCAUAUGGAUUCAUGCUCGCUAAAUCAAUGAUUAUGAUGAAUUCAGAAAUCCACAAGGAAAGGAUGAAACCCAAGAACAUCUAUGCCGAUAUUGGAAGAGACCAGUGGGAAUACAUAAACGAUAGUCAUAUUGGCACUGGAAAAUCAUGGAAUAGAAACGUCCUUGAUAGCCAAAUGCAGCCAGAGAUGUACCUAAAUGAUGAAGUCGCAGAAAGCGAUACACUCAUGAGAGCUACUGGGCCUUCUGGCGAUAUCAAAACUACUGGAUCUUUUGGUGGGCAACUCCAAAGCCCAAUGACUGAACAAAACAUGGCAAAUAUUAACGAAUAUUCUAACGUUGAAGUUCUUCAUAAAGAGUUUACUCUUGGUAAAGAUUUGCUGGAAAGAGCAAUUGAGAAAAUAGAUAGAGAUGCAAUGGACAAUCUCAGUGCUCAUGAAAAUGCUACAGAGGAUGAUCUUAGUGCAGUAAAUGUCUUCUUCAAGAUGAUCGCAAUGCUUGAGAACCAAGAAGCAGAACCAAUUGAAAACUGGGCGGACAUCACCGGGUUUAAUGAAGAGACUGUUGAUAAACUGAACAACAUUCCCAAACAAAUUGAGAAUAAGGAUUUUGAGAAGGAACAAGUUGAUAUUUUGAGGGAUGAAUUCCAAAUGAAAAAUCAAGAAAAUGAGAUUGAAGAAAUCAGAAAUAUCAAAGAAGCUCUGUGCGAAGCAUUUUGACUAAUUGAGAUAGUUCAAGAGCUCCAUGAGCUUAGGAGCAGACAGACAAACUUCAGAAGUACAGGAAUGGAUAUGACCAGAGAUCCAGGAUUAGCUCAAAAUGAAGACGAUGAGUUGAGAGUGAAAAAUUCAAGAAUGUUCAGCUUUGGAACUCCAAGCAAAGAACAAGAAGGUGAUGCUUCACAAAUGAUGAGUGUUGGUAAAAGUGUCAGGUUCGGCCAAUCUCCAUCAGACAUGGCAAUUUCUCCAAUUGAAGAAGAACCUAGGUCAAAACCUAAGAAACAAUCUAAAGCAAAAUACGGACCAAAAAGCGCCAAUGAGAGGCUAAUUGACGUGAAAAAUGCUACUUGGAAGACCAAGAGCAAACUCGUAAUGGGAGGUAAAUAACCUUCAAGGAAAAAUGUUAUACUCUCUCGGCCCUAACGAGGCCUACAUUGUUGACAAGACAUUUGACAAAGACAUGGAUCUUCUCCAAUUAGGAUCCUUGUCUCAUGAAGGAGAGAUGGUAGUCCAGAAAAAGCCUCAAAGAGAAUAUACAGUGACUCUUGACACUGGGUACAAUAACGAGCUUGAAGGAAGCAAAUCAAACAUAACCCCUUCCAUGAGAAAUCAAUUAUAUGAGGACAUGCAUAAGGAACAUGAGAUCGUCGUGAGUAGCCCCAAAAAAUACCCAAGAAUUGCUCAAUAA